AUGGACAGUCUGACAGAACAGAGACUGACAUCUCCCAAUUUGCCGGCCCCCCACCUGGAACACUACAGUGUUCUGCAUUGCACCAUGACCCUGGAUGUGCAAACUGUAGUCGUUUUUGCUGUAAUUGUAGUCCUCCUUCUUGUCAAUGUCAUACUUAUGUUUUUCCUGGGAACGCGCUGAAUGGAGUCCAGCCACCUGAGCUCUUGCAAACUCUUGCUUUGAUUUCAUCCUGAGAAUCACCCAACACCAAGAAAAAAAAUUCAAGGGAGACAGAGACUAGGAAAGAGAGGGAGAGAAAGAGGAAGCUGUCUUCUCAGGGGGGAAAACGUUGUGAGCUUCAACAUGGCCUCGCUGUGAUAUGUAUGACGUUGGUAUAUUAUCUUUCC